AUGCGUGAAGUCAUCUCGAUCCACCUCGGCCAGGCCGGUAUCCAGGCCGGUAACGCGUGCUGGGAGCUGUACUGCCUCGAGCACGGCAUCCAGCCCGAUGGCCAGAUGCCGUCCGACAAGACCAUUGGCGGCGGCGACGAUGCCUUCAACACCUUCUUCUCC